AGCUGUUGGACUUUGCGUACUUUUCCAAACCAGUUGUAGUGUUUUGUGCAAGUCAAUUUUGAGGUUAUUUUUUUGUUGUAUCUUAACGUAGGUUGUGAGUGAUCUUUUGUACUUCCACAAUGCCGGAUACCUUUUUACUCAACGGUGGUGUGAUUUUGGACAUAUCCGGGUCAACAGUGUCUACGUUUGAUGCAAGAGAUGCGGAGCUGGGACUGUGUGGAGUGUCGGGGGUGGGAGGGAUGUUGGCUCUGGGACAAUACUGUGCCAUUUGUGGUGACAGAGCCACAGGCAAACACUACGGCGCGGCCAGCUGUGAUGGCUGCAAGGGGUUCUUCCGUCGGUCGGUGCGGAAAAACCAUGUGUAUUCUUGCAGGUUUCACAGAAAUUGCAUCGUUGACAAAGACAAGCGGAACCAGUGUCGUUACUGUAGACUGAGGAAGUGUUUCAAGGCUGGAAUGAAAAAAGAAGCUGUCCAGAAUGAGAGGGACAGAAUCAGCUGUCGUCGGCCGAGCUAUGAAGAGGCUGUCUCUAACAACGGGCUGUCAGUCACAUCGCUGUUGAAUGCGGAAAUGUUGUCCCGGCAAGUCGGUGCAGCAAUGGAGAUGAACAACGACUACGACCUAACUAACAAAUCAAUAGCCAACAUCAGCGAUGUGUGUGACUCAAUGAAACAACAGUUGCUGUACUUAGUGGAGUGGGCAAAAUACAUCCCUGCCUUUACAGAGCUUACACUGGAUGAUCAGGUAGCCUUACUGAGAGCCCACGCAGGGGAACAUCUGUUGUUGGGGCUGGCGCGUCGCUCGAUGCACCUCAAAGACGUUCUUCUGUUGGGAAACAACUGCGUCAUUACCCGGUAUUGCGCAGAAGCUGGAAUAGCACCCGACCUAGACAUCACCCGAGUUGGUACCCGAGUGAUGGAUGAACUAGUCCGUCCCUUCAUGGAGGUGCAGAUAGACGACACAGAGUUUGCCUGCUUAAAAGCCAUCGUCUUCUUCGACCCAAAUGCCAAAGGUUUAAGUGACCCUUCUCGCAUAAAGAGUCUGCGUUACCAGAUACAGAUCAAUCUGGAGGACUACAUCAGCGACCGACAGUACGACUCACGUGGUCGUUUCGGCGAACUGCUGCUCACGUUGCCCGCACUGCAGUCCAUCACGUGGCAAAUGAUUGAGCAGAUUCAAUUCGCCAAACUGUUCGGAGUCGCCAGAAUCGACAGUUUACUGCAAGAAAUGCUGCUAGGAGGAAUGGACAAGAAUAUCAUGAUGACCACAAUGCUUGUUGCACCUGUAUCGGGGGUUGCAGGCGCUAGUGCGGAGAGCACCAAUGGUGGGGCUGGCGCAGGCGUGGCACAGUGUGGCACCAACAGCGUAGGCAGUUACCAGAGCAGCGGGGGUUCACCUGAGAGUCACUGUGCACUGAGCCCCGUCAACAGUCCGGCGGGGCAACACAACGGGGCAGAACACGACACUUCCACCAUACUGCGUGAUCUCAAUCAGCCCGACUACAGGAUGGCUUUCAAACAGGAGCCCAGUUUGGAGGGGGACUCGACCUAUUGACUUAUUGACCUUCAACGGAACUAUCCCUAGGGUUACUUUAAGGAUUUACAUAUUAUUUACUUAGAGUGUUUAUUUCGUUAUAGAAGAAAUAAUUUAUUUAUUUUUGCAGUAAAAGCCAGAUAUGUUUGUGUCACAACUUCGGGGCCGGAAAGAUUGUAAAAGUUAGUUAAACUCGUCGGGUCACUCGCAGACUCGAGUUGUAUCACAGUCAUCGUGCAGGGAAUUUCUUAGUUUAAACUUUAUUUCUAACAGUAUUUAGUAACAUGUGUAAGUGUUUCAUCAGAUUCAACUCGGUCUAGAACGCUCUGAACAGAUUUACUACACAGAAUUUGAUUCGUAAAUAGUCAAUAUGGUCUCGUUGUAUUGAAAUGGUGGCCGUUAAAGCUUAUGGCUAUGUAAGAUAUUUAGUAUAUUUUUUUUAACGGCUGCCGUUUGAAAACAAUAGAGAUUGCAUUUUUAUGUUUAUUUGUACUGUGAUAAAAAUAGUAUUACUUUUAUUAAGUGUGGAGUAAACCUGGUCAAGUUUUCUAGAUCGGUUUGGUUUAUAAACACGUAAACGACAUGUUUGUUACUCUAAGCCAAAGAUGAUGUAGACUUUUUUCAAAAUCGAUGUUGAUUUUAAAGAUUAUUUAUUAACUGCAGCUAAUGCAGUUUGUCGACAACAUUAGUUUACUUUAUUCUUUAAAAAAGUUUUUUAUUGACUUAUCACAAAAAGGGAAUUAGAAUUAUGUUCCAUUAUAUAAAAUAAAUACUGUAACAUUAUUCAAUUGUAAUUUGAUUAAUUUUGUUCCAAAGUUCCGAUUGAUUUUACAAUUUCUGACGCAAUACAAAUUAUUUCAUCCAUCCAUGAAAUCAUAGUGUUGUUUAUAUUUCUAAGUGCCUUGUGUAACUGUAAUCUUUGUAGUACGUUUUGUACAAGUGUCUAUUCUCAAUUCACCACUAUGCCUUUGCUUCACAAACUCUUGGAACUACAAUAAUAGUGAAUAUUGUAGUUGAGUAAAACAGGGUCUAAAGGCAAGUCGAUUAUUGUCAACUCUUUAAGGUUUUUAUUUGUGUCUUUGUCAAAGUUUAAUUUGUUUUAAAUUAGCUCAAUAAAUAUUUGUAGAUAGUUGAUUUUUUAUGUUAAUGUUCUGAUACUCGAUGUAAUAAAUAUAUUGAACAUUG